AUGAAAUCGGCGAUUCUGUCACGCCUGAGUCGCAAUUUCGUGACAGCAACACACGUUGAUUCGUCGUUCUCUUCACGAUGCCUGAAACUUAUCGAAGACCUAAGAUCCUGCAGAGACACCGUCGAAGUUUCUCGAAUUCAUGGCUACAUGGUGAAAACAGGGAUCGACAAGGACGAUUUCACGGCGAGCAAGCUCAUUGCUUUCUCGAUACAAGACAUUCGAUACGCCUCGUCGAUCUUCGAGCAGGUCUCCAACGCUAAUCUCUACAUGUUCAACACUAUGAUCAGAGGUUACUCGAUGAGCGACGAACCGGAGCGAGCCUUUCGCGUUUUCAACCAAUUGAGAGCUAAAGGUUUCGCCUUGGAUCGAUUCUCCUUCAUCGCAACUCUAAAAUCAUGUGCUCGUGAAUUUCGCAGCGGAAUCGGCGAAGGGGUUCAUGGGAUCGUGUUGAAAUCCGGGUUUAUGUCGUUUACCGAUUUGAGGAACGCUCUUCUUCAGGUUUACUCUGUUUCUGGGAGGAUCAGUGAUGCUCGGAAAGUGUUCGACGAAAUGUCGCAGAGCGUUGAUGCUGUUUCGUUUAGUACUUUGAUGAAUGGGUAUGUUAAGGUUUCUAAGCCUGCGUUGGCUCUGGAUUUGUUCAGGGAUAUGCGGAAACGUGAGGUUAUUGUUAGUGAUAGUACUCUGCUUAGCUUUCUUUCGGCUAUUGGUGAUCUUGGAGACUUGUGUGGAGCAGAGUCUGCUCAUGGGCUAUGUAUCAAAAAUGGGUUUGAUUUGGAGUUGAAUUUAAUCACAGCUUUGAUAAGUAUAUACGCCAAAAUUGGGGACGUAGUUUCAGCACGCAAGAUCUUUGAUUGUGCUGCUCGAAAAGACGUUGUCACAUGGAAUUGUAUGAUUGACCAAUAUGCCAAAAUGGGUCACUUUGGAGAGUGUUUUUGGCUACUGAGGCAGAUGAAGUAUGAGAAGAUGAAACCGAAUUCGUCUACGUUUGUUGGGCUGUUGUCUUCCUGUGCGAGCUACGAAGCAGGAUCCGUAGGACGCAGUGUUGGAGACUUGGUGGAAGAGGAAAGAAUAGAUUUGGAUGCGAUACUUGGAACCGCACUCGUUGAUAUGUACGCAAAACUAGGGAUGCUUGAUAAAGCUGUUGGAGUUUUUGAUAGAAUGAAGAACAAGGAUGUGAAGUCCUGGACUGCAAUGAUCUCCGGUUACGGAGCUCAUGGGCUAGCAAGAGAAGCGGUAAAUCUGUUAUACAAGAUGGAGGAAGAGAAAACCAAAGUGAAACCGAAUGAGAUCACAUUCUUGGUUGUGCUGAAUGCUUGUAGCCAUGGAGGUUUGGUGAUGGAAGGAAUCAAAUGCUUGAAGAGGAUGGUUGAGACAUACCGCUUCACACCCAAAGUUGAACAUUACGGUUGUGUGGUUGAUCUUUUGGGUCGAGCAGGGCAAUUAGAAGAAGCAUAUGAAUUGAUACGAAACUUACCGAUCACAAGCGAUUUGACGGCCUGGCGUACUUUGUUAGCUGCUUGUAGAGUCUAUGGGAAUGCAAAUUUAGGGGCACGUGUGAUGGUAAAAUUGGCUGAAAUGGGUGAGAGACAUCCGGCUGAUGCAAUUCUUUUGGCUCGAACAAAUGGUGUUGCAGGGAAUACACAAGGUCAACAAAACUCAUUAGGUAAUGAGUUGUAUAAAGAGAGAAAAGAAGUUGGAUACAGUGCCAUUGAAAUAGAGUAG